ACACCUCAAAGCUCAAUCAUUUAAAUGUAAUUUCUUGUUUGUUUAAUCUGUACAAAAGCCUGAGCUAAAACAAUAAAGUUUCAGUUGAACAUCUAAACAAUGAGCUGAAACUCCACGUAAAGCUCUGUAAAACCAAGUAGAGCUGCAGAUUCAGGAGGGUUAUUUUCUAUUGGGUCUGGCUAUUUGGAACUAAGAAAUGAAUCUGUGGCGGGAAACAAUAUAGCCUCUUUUUUUCAGUCCGUCUUGACAUCACUGUCCAACAACUAUAAAAUCCAGAGUGCCACUCUGUCUGUGUGGAGAGACUCCAUGGAUACAAACAACAGCAGACCCUUGUCCCCUUAUUUAAAAGGCUUCAGCUGAAAAGGAGAAGAAGAGGAGGAGGAGGAUGGAUGUGUGUGUGUGUGUAUGUGUUUACCAUCUCUACAUUAUGCAGCCACUGCCUCAGAGCUGGGUCACAAAGUGUAGACCACAACACUGAUCUAAUUGCUGCGCUUUGUGCCACGUCCAGACGUGUCUCCCUGGGCUCUUGCUUUAAGCUAGUGACAUUACAAGUGGAGCUUGGUUGCAGUCAGGACCAGAAAAUGUUUGUCACCAUACUGUUCGGAGACAGCAGGAUGGAAAUGUUCAACCUCAACUGUAAGCUGAUAGACUUGAUCCAUCAUUUAAAGGAGAGGUGUGGUCUGGAUUUUAAAGAGUGUGUGGACCUGAUGGACAGCAGUGGUAGAGUGAUGAACCUGGAGGGGAAGCAGCAAAGUGUGGCUCUGGCCAGCAGCGUCCUGGUAGAGAGACACCACUACAUCCUCCUGCGAGUGUGCCGAGAUGGUGAUACUGGAGAUCGGAAAUAUGUGUCUCUCCUGAACAACUUCUCCCAGAGUCAUCCUGAGUUGACAGAGCUGCUGAGGAAACUUUCAAAGCCAGACAAGGAGCGAGAUGGAAAGACCAGAGGUGGACGAACACAGAGGAGCAAACAAACCAGGAGCAAAAGCAUCUCUGCAAAUAACAAGAGCCAAAAAAUGAAAUAGUUUCUACCUGAGUCAUGACAAACUCUUAAGUCUGAUUUCUGUACAAAAUUUGAAACACAUGAACAGACUAGAUUUAUCCUGUAGCUAUACAAACAAUCUAUUAAAUGCAUCAGAUAUAGGUGUUUAGCAAAUUUAUGUUUUCUAUUUUAGCGAUAUGUACUACCAACUGAGUAACUGUAUUAGAAGAAGUUGUCUUCAAUAAAACUAAUGUGUGAAUGCUA